CGUCACUGACUGAAUGUGCGUGCAUUUGAAUAACAAAAUAAAUCGGGAGGUGUACGAGUUGGCUUGAUAGACUGUCAGUUACACUAACGCCGACCUGUUACCCACAUGAACUAUUCGGAUGUAGCUUGAUGGAACACUAGCUUCCCUCUAUCCUUUUCUCCUCACAAUAUAUCUUCUGUUCACCAUCACACACGGCUAGCUAGCGGUGAGCACUCGGCGCGGUGGGAUUCCCUGACUAUAUCAUUGCUGUGAUAUCGUCGAAAGCUUGGACACCGUAGCGCCUCAUCACGACUAUAGAGGGGUUACCGAGCCUUGAACACUAUGAGAUCUAAUGAAAUGGCGAACCAUACUACCACUGGGCUUAACACAGACACAACCAUAGCGCUAUCACAGAGCAUGGAUUCUGUCAACACUACACCAGAAGAAGAGGUGCGGACACUCUUCGUCAGCGGACUACCCAUGGAUGCAAAGCCAAGAGAACUGUACUUGUUGUUCAGGGCAUAUAAGGGAUUUGAAAAUGGUUUAUUAAAAGUUAUGGGGAAGCCUGGCAAAAAUAACUGUGGAUAUGAAGGGUCACUUCUCAAGGUCACCAACAAAAACGGCAAAAACACAUCACCGGUGGGAUUUGUCACGUUUAUAUCCAGAGUUGCUGCCGAGUCCGCCAAACAAGACCUUCAGGGAGUAAGAUUCGACCCUGACCUCCCUCAGACCUUGAGAUUGGAGUUCGCCAAGAGCAACACAAAAGUGACGAAGCCUAAACAACAGUCUCCCCAGCUCGCCGCCACCCACCCCACCAUCAUCCACCCCCUCACAGGACAAGAGUUAGGUGCCGCCUUUUUCCCGGGCUGCCCCGAAGCUUGGGCCCCCCACCCUCUUGCUCCGUACCCCGAACUGGCACCAACUGCGGCAGCGCUACACCACACUGCACUUAUUCAACACCCGGCGCUAGCACAGGUACCGGUGCGGAUUCAGAAACCACCACAACCCUUUGCAACAUCUCCUGGCUCCCUAUGGCAAUACCAGGCCGGUAUGUUCACAGAGCAGCUGAACUCUGUUUUCCCCCAAGUUCAGCCCACCACUCUGAUAGCUCCGCAAGCUACCGUGACGGCCGUGCCCCACCCCUCAAUGGCGUCCACGCCUGUCCUCGCUAGCCCGGUGUCGCAGGUGAAUACCACCACCACCUCCGCACAGCAGAAUGCCCCCUGUUCCACGUUGUUUGUAGCUAAUUUGGGACAGUUUAGCUCAGAACAAGAACUCAAAGACUUGUUUAACAGUUUUGCAGGAUUUAGCCGACUGCGUAUGCACAAUAAAGGAGGAUCACCUGUAGCUUUUGUAGAAUACCAGGAUGUUGCUCAGGCCUCAAUGGCAAUGAAUCGCCUUCAAGGCUUUGUUUUGCUCUCUUCUGAUCGAGGAGGACUUCGUAUUGAAUAUGCAAAGAACAAAAUGGGGGAAGUGGGUUCAGAAUUUUGAGGAGUUGACAGUAAGACUACAGGGUAAAAAGGAUGACUUCAACAUUCUACAGUCCCCAGUUUCCAUGGCGACAGCAUUUUGAAGCACUAUAGUUACCAUGGUUACUGGAGUCGACUGUGUUUUGUGAUAUCAACCAAUCAUAACUUUUUAAUCAUGGUAUCCUAGGCAACAAAAUUUCUGCAGAUGAUUGUGUUUUGUGAGCUCUGAUGCAACGAGUGACAGUAUAGUGUAGGCCUAUCUGGAAGUUGUACUGGUGUAGUCUCUGACCAAUGUGUUUUUGAAAUCCAGUUACUGUUUUUGUUUCUUUUUUGUAAAGUUAAAAUGAAACGAUGGAUGUUUCCACAUUGUUUCCUGUUUCCGUGUGUGUUGUCCAUGUUUGUUAAUGCUAGACAGUAGAUUGUUUCAUAGGCAAAGAGCUCUGGCGCCAUGGUUUACCAUUUUCCCUGCUAGCAAUGUGUUGAUUUUUGUACAGAACUCUGAAACAGUGGAAUUUGUGUCCUGAUUCGGAUGGGUAUUUUGAUUUGUGUAAAAUGUCUUGAAAAUUCGGAUAUAAAAAUACUUUUAGAAUCGUUUGACCAGCAUCUUGACCGAUAUUUAUUGCAGUUUUUUUAUUGCUGAAUAUGAAAUAUGGUAGGUCAGUUGAUUAUGUUUUGAUCGGUUAUGAAACAAUGAAACAUAUUUUGAGCUAAUCCCAUGAACACACGAAUGGUCACCUAGCAGGGAAUGGCGCCCGACAACCAGUGUCCAGUAAUGUGCAUGUGCUUUCUCGGCUGGGUUUAGGAUCGUACAACUUGACUAAGUCUCCGUCCAAAUUCCCUUGUACAUAUCUACUUGGAUGUCAUUAUAAUGCCACAUCGAGAAAAUAAACUAAUGGCCGCACUUUCUCCACGCUGGCCCUGUCUUUCCCUCGAUACCGACAGCGUUUAUUUCAACGGGAUGGAAAUGCGAUUUUCACGACCAUCUUUCCUAACCUUAAAAGUGUGGUAUUGUCAUCAGUGCAUAAAUGCUGCCGAAAAACACUCGAUGUCCCUUGUCUUUGUACUGUCGACGUGCCUAUUGUUUAGGUGUGGUGAAUACGCGCGAGCAUUAAAUGCCGGAGGUGAAUUUGUCAUCGACUUUGCAUUAUGGGUAAUGUGUAUUGGACGACUGAGAGUUCAACUGCCCUUUGACCUUUGACCUUUUAUGGUGCGCAUACUCAGGGCAGACAAUUUUGUGUGCUUGUUCAGACUUUUGAUGCAUAAAUGUGAAUGAUAUAUAUAUUGUGUAGAUAAAGGACCAAUUUUGGGGACAUGCUUUCCUGUGGUUCCCCGAUACCAUUUUCCACAAAACAGAUCAUAUAGGCGUUUUUAUACUGUUGCCAUUUAUGCAUGUGAAGAAAUCGAGUAAAUUAGUCUGUAGAUGAUAGAGACAAACUUGACAUAUCUUUACCCCUGGAGACCUGAUCAACCUAAUUAGCUCCCUUGGAUGAAUGAAACGAGCCAUGGGUCGAACUCGGACAGCAGUAAUGGCGGCGGUUAUUUUUUUGUCUUGGGGCUCUAAUUAGGUUGAUUAUGGUAUUGUUUUUGUCUAACAACGAUUGGUCCUUUUUCUAUGUCCUAGUGUGACCUUUUAGACAUAUAUUGCAAUUCCGAUUCUAAACAAUCAAAUUUUGUCAUACAGCAGGCUUUUAGCGGGCCGGUAAAGUGGUCAUUCCAUAUCUUUGUAUCAUGAUGUUACACGUCUAGAAAUCCUGUUUACAAAUCAAAAUAUUACCAAAUAAGGACCUAGCGAUACAAUGAUACAACACCUUAUUGGCUGAUACGAAGUCUUGUGAUACAGAUACAUACCCCCAACGGAUUUCACUGUAGCGUGGCAUUACCUUUGUUGAAAAAUGAACGAUAAAACUUUGGUGAAGUCUUAAGGACCCAUAUAUUUGUAUCACGACACGUUCUGUAUUGCGGCCAUGGUACCUAUUUUGUAUCACAUGUAUCGUUGUAUCGUGGAAUAGUCAUGACAGAAAUCCAGAAUGUAUUUAUGCUAAAUCCAUAUCAACUGUGACCCUGUGCUUCAGGGUGGUGUUCCAGAAGAAGGUUUUGAGAUGAUUGAUCCAAUGUUUCCUUGUCUGUUCUUUCAUUUGGACAGCACUUGUUUGGGUAUUUAAGAGGAGCAAAUACGUCCUUUAUCUCAACAUGGGUACAUACUCCACAAAUUUCUUUCGUUUUGUUUUUAUUUAUUGUACUUUUUCCAUGGGAUCACUGGUUAAUUUCACACUUUUCACUUUCUGAAACACAAAGAAGUCAAAAAAAGGGAUAUUUUGGGGAAGUGCAUACAAAUUUUCUAAUUUCGAGUUUCCUCCCGAAGGUGACAUUUGAUUAAUUGAUUUAUGUCAUUCCUUAUUCUAGGCGAGAAACAUUUUACGGAUACUGAGCUGUGUUUGGUCUAUUUAUUGCAAUACUGUGGUUCCGCAUCCAGAAAAUCUAUCAAAUAUACAAAAUAUGUAUUUAUCGAUAUUUAAUACCCCUAACUUAUUGUUAGUUUCAUCUGGUUUGUUGUUUUUGUGGUAACUGUAGUAGCAGACCCACCUUAACAUCAGGUAGUUGUCAAGAUGCAGUAGUGGAAGGAGACUAGCAGGCUAGACAAACUGGUUGCGCUUUCGGUGUUGAAAAUGGUAUUUUGGGGUAGAAAUAAUUCCGAGUCGACAAGCAUGAGGACAUGGUUCUUGGUGACAGAAACAUACUGUUGUCCUGAAAACUAUUUCUGAUCUUUUCUCAAUGCAAGGGAAAAAUGUGUAAAUUUAGUUCUCUAAAUUACGGAUCUUCAUCGUCAGGUAGAUUUCUGAUAAUUAUUUGAAAACUUUUCAUUUCAUGAAAUAAAAUAAAGAGUACGAAGGAAAGUUAAAACUUUCAACCUUUGUUGCAAUAUUUCCUGAAUUUGAAACUUUUGAAAAUUGUUUUUUGGCAGUUCUCUUGAAUAUGAUCAAACAAAACCGCGUCACAAAUGCUACUCUCUACACAACUAAUGGUUUUAUCUGUGACAUUUGGAAUCAAGUCGGCCAUGUUUUCAUGCUGAAAACUGUCUCAAUUUACUAACACUAGUUGUCCUCCUAUAUGUACAACUAUAGUCUCUCGAUAUUUAUACUGCCAGGAAGUCCAGGGUAUGUGGGCGGUGGAAUGGGAAAAAGUCCUCAUGCAGUCUAUGCGAUCCUUCAUAUUUAUUUCAUUGUAAAUUGGACUUAAAAGUCUUCAUAUCAGUAAGUUAUCCUCACUUCGAAAAAAGACUCAUCCAUUUUCCAUUUUCCGAUAGUGUGCUUUGUUCGUAGUAUGUGAUGAAUUCAGCGAUUCAUUUAUAUAUUGUUGAUUUUUCUCGUACUAUGUAUUUAUCCUGUUGGAUUAUUUAACUAUUUAUAUCUAGGGGAAUAUAAAUAGAUCAGCUGUGCUCAUGUAGAAUGUAGAUUUUUGUAAUCCUUGUUAACCCCUUCUGUUGCGUUUCCAUGGAGAUGUGAUACAAAGGGUUAAUGUAUAUUAAACGAACAAGAUGUGGACGUCGCUUGCAGUAUGAUAUUGUUUCUAUUAAGCCUUUUAAAGGAGUUAUUACUAGCCUAUGAAAUUCUAUUUCUUGUUUGACAUUGAUGUGAUAUGCCUAUCAACAGAAAGCCUCAAUGAUCUGGCAGAUAGUUACUGUGUAUGGGUCAUUGUUUGUUUAUCUGUCCUGUUCUGUAAACAAUGAUUUGUAUAUUUGCAUGUUGAUGUUAAAGAAAAUCUUCGUGAGGGUUUCACUUACCAACGAGUGUACAGUACAUAACAUUCCAGCCAAUCAGAGAACGGCAUUUUGUAGGUCAGGGCGUAGGGGUGAUCUUGCCCAUCGACAUGCUCUAUCAAGUGGUAGCGAUGUGCCUCAGUGUUGCUGUGUUAUAGCGAGGAGCUACAUGGGUGUAGCUGUCUUUUAUAUGAAGACGAUACACAAAUGUAGUGGUCUUUUAUCGAGGGGCUACAUGUGUGUAUCUGCCUUAUAUCGAGGGGCAACAUGAGUGUAUCUGCCUUAUAGUGAGGAGCUACAUAAAUGUAUCUGCCUUAUUGUGAGAAGCUACAGGAGUGUAGCUGCCUUACAGUGACGAGCUACAGGAAUGUAGCUGCCUUAUAAUGAGGAGCUACACAAAUGGAGCUGCUGAACAUUGAGGAGCUACAGAAAUGAAGCUGCCUUAUAGUGAGGAGCUACAGUAAUGUAGCUGCCUUAUAGUGAGGAGCUACAUUGUUGGCACAGAACAUAGAUAAUGGUUCAGUGGUGAACAUGUAAUGAAUUAACUACAAAUAUACCCCAGUUUGAAAAGUUAAUGAAGCGUUUGAUAACAUGAUUAUUAAAAACCUUUUUUGGUAAGUUGAAUGGUCCUGUGAUUGGCCAAACUUGAUGCAAGUUGUACCAAAUUCCUAGACUCGUGAUCAGGAAGACACUGAGGAAGUGUGGGCCUUUCAUUGCUUGUUCACCACCACCAAGUCCUCUCCCAGGCUAUGUGCUUUAGAUGUGGACUGUAAUGUCUUCGAGUCCUUCAUGGUUAAUCAACUGUUUGCAUGACAAUGAUUUCAAUAAUAAUCAAAAUAUGGUAUACAUGUACAACCUAGACAGGGAUCCUAGUUGACUUUGUGUAGAUAGAUAUGUUUAAUUUCCAUCGAGAUUUUUGCCUUUAACUCCCGUGUCAUGUGUGCUUAAACCUUUACCUGAACAUCGUGUCAUUUCUCUCCGUUUUUCAUUCUCCUUGUGAUCAAAGGUAGACGUGUGUUCACUAGCCAGGGCUGUUCAUUAAGUGUACAGUCUGUUAAAGCUGACUAUCAAAAUUUUUAGGAAAUCAAACUAAAUUGAAAUCAAAGUUCCAUUUCAAAAGAUGGAUGGAAUUAUUUCAAGCUAAUAUCAGAUGAGUUUACGUAGAUUGAGAAUAAAAUGCAUUUGGAACUAUCAGUGUUCAACUUUUUCAAGGAUCAGCUUCAGGAAGUGAAUUUAUUACAAAAGAUGUUGUCAGUGUGAUUAAAUAUAGACAUUUUUCAUGAACAGUGUUUUUGGGGAGAUUCAUGUAAAUCGUGUAAAGUUUGUUUUUGGUAUCAAGCAUAAAAGUGCAUGAGUUGUUUCCCCUGAUUUGACUAAUUCUCCAUGUUUUUCCAACUAUGAAAUUGUUUUAUGUCUAUGUUAGAUGUAUGAUCCGGAUGAAAGGUACAAAUUUUGUCAUUUAUUGAAAUAAAUUGUAUUUUUCCAUGUAAAGAAUAUUGGUUGAGAACUCCAAUGCAUUUCAUAACGAAAUCAACAAACGGUUGUGACAUUUAAAUACUCAUUUACCUCGACGUUAGAAACCUGCAAGUGCAUGUGACCCAUUUGAGUUUCAAUUACCUGUGAAAUUUGAUUUUAGAUGGAAAUGACCCAAUUUCCUCAUGCUUAUACGAAUUCCUGAUUUCAAAGCUAAAAUCAAACACAACUUAAUUUUUGUCAAGAAAAAUCCAAUCCAAUCCAAUUUGACCUUUGGUAGACAUGUUUCUGUUAUAUUACUGGUAGGGGCAAUAUUGUACAUGACUGUCGCUCCCGACCAACUGUUUUGUCGUGCAAUGGACAUGUUUUUGCUCAAACCUCAAGAGUUCAUUAGGGGUCAUGUGACUGUGUCGCCAUGGAGAUACUUUGCAUAAUAUUACUACGUUACUUCAGUUCCAACGUGUAAAUAGAUUGGUAUAGUUCCCACCUGGAAGCCAGUAUUUAUUUUCAUGCUGUUAGUUUUCAUUCUUUAGCUCAUGCUAGUUCAUGACGGAGUUCUAGUUUAGUUCAAUACAUUUAUGAUUAUUUAUAUUUUGUUUCCAUUUUUUGCAAUUUGUUAAUUUCAACACUGCAGUGGGGACGCAUUCGCUGCAUUUUUCAUCUUUCUCUCGCAAUGUACAUAGACAGCACCCAUUAAUAUUUUGGGAAUCUGACCAUCGAAAGGUUUCUUCUCUGAAGUUCAUCUACAGAUAUUAGUCUGCUCUCAAACCAGUGUUUCGAAACCAAUGCCACAAAAGAUUCUCUACAAAUCAAUAAGUACGAGAUCCUUUGUUUUGAGGACAAUGAAUCAUUAAGUCAAAAUUUGACGUUUUGGGGUAUGUGGUCUCGAAAAAAUAUCCAGAUUUUACAUGAUUUGACCUUUUGGAUGUUGAGAGCUUGGCAGUCAUGGUCGACUACGUUCCUAGUCUGAUGAACGGUGGAGACGAAGCCUACAGCUACAACCUGUGAUGUAUAUAGUUCGCAGAAAUAUGCCGACACAGUCACAUGAUUGCUGUAGAUUUUGGUUUUUAAGAAUAGCUAGUUUGGUGGACUAUUUUUAUCCUGAAGUUAUCGUUCUAUACAUUGAAUAAAGGUGAAUUCCUGAAAUAUUA